AUUGAAACAGAGUCUUGCCCUCUCUUAAUUACGUCGAGUCUCAUAUCUUUUCCCUUUUUUUCACCUUUUUUCCUCACUCUCGAGGACGUUGGGCUUGUGGUAAUUAGUGAGAAGAGAAUAAAACCAGCUGAUCGGGAGAGGGGUGGUGCAUUUUGGAGCGAGAUGGCUAACAGAAACAUUCUGUUGCUCUUCUGUGGACUCUUCCUCUUAGCACUGAUUCAGCCCUCUCUGCAAGGAGGUGUGUAUGUACCACCUGGUGCUGGGAUUGGACCAGGAGGCACGGGACCAGGAGCUGGAUUUUUUCCAGGGUCUGUCGGAGGAGUCCCUACGGGCUAUAAACCAGCUAAAGCAGCAGUAGGAGGUUAUGGAGGUGGAGGCCGUGGUGUAGGACCAGGUGGUCUGGUGCCAGGAGGUGUUGGGAAUGGUGGCCUGGGCAUUGGAGGACUGGGAGGAGGACAAGGUGGAAAGCCCCCUAAACCAGGAUAUGGCAGUCUAGGAGCUGGUGGUCUUGGAGGAGGUGGCCUGGGAGGCUACGGAGGAGGUGCUUAUGGUGGAUACGGUGGAGGCGCCGGGGGUUUCUUUCCUGGAGCUGGACAGAAAGCUGCUAAAAGAGGUGCAGGAGGUCCUCUGCUUCCACAUGGAGGGACAGGAGGAACUGCGCUUGGGACAGGAGGAGUUCCUGGAGUACCUGUUAUUCCUCAGACAGGCCUUCCAGGAGGUGGCGGUGGUGCUGGUGGUGCUGGAGGAAAGAAAGCUGCCAAAGUCCCAGGUGUAGGUGUGCCUGGACUUUACCAAGGUGGACUGGUGCCAGGACAAGGAUUUGGUGGACGUGGUGUUCUGCCUGGAGUGGCCACUGGAACUGACCUUAAUCCUAAAUCAAUUGGAGGAGGAGGACAAGGGGGUCAAGGACCAGGAGGCCGUGGGUAUGGGGGGCCGAUGCAGCCAGGAGUGUUUCAUGGAUACCCCCUUAAAUCACCCAAAUUGCAAGGAGCCUAUGGAGCAAAAGCUGGAGGUGGCAAACUACCUUUAGGUUAUGGCUAUGGUAAUGGUGGCACUGGGUCACAGCCUGGAUAUCCUGUUGGAACUGGAGUGGGGCCCGGGGGCAUCUCACCUGCUCAGGCUAAAGCUGCCAAAUAUGGUGUAGGUGGCACAGGUGGUAUUGGUGGCAUUGGUGGCGUUGGUGGUGUUGGGGGUGUUGGAGGUCUUGGUGGAACCGGUGGACUGUAUCCAGGGCAAGUGCCAGGAGGAGUUGGGGCUGGGGGCCUCUCACCUGCUCAAGCUAAAGCUGCUAAAUAUGGUGUUGGUGGCGUUGGUGGUGUUGGUGGUGUUGGUGGUGUUGGCGGUGUUGGUGGUGUCGGUGGUGUUGGCGGCACUGGUGGACUGUUUCCAGGGCAGGUGCCAGGAGCGGGAUAUGGAGCUGGGUCGAAGGCUGCUAAAUAUGGCAUACCAGGUGGUGUACCGGGAGGAGUACCAGGAGGAGUACCAGGAGGAGUACCAGGUGGUGUACCAGGUGGUGUACCAGGAGGAGUACCAGGUGGUGUACCAGGAGGAGUACCAGGUGGUGUGCCAGGAGGGCUACCAGGAGGUGCACCAGUGGUUGGUGGAUAUUCACCAGCAGCCAAAGCCGCUAAAUAUGGCGCAGGAGGCCAAUUAGGAACUGGAGGACUAGGAGGCACCGGAGGACAUUUAGGGACAGGAGGACUUGGAGGACUGGGAGGAGGACUUGGAGGAGGUGGAGGAUAUUCUGCUGCUGCCAAAGCUGCUAAAUACGGGGUGGGAGGAUUAGGCACAGGAGGACUGGGAGGAACAGGAGGACUUGGAGGCACAGGAGGAUUUGGGGGAACUGGAGGUCUGGGCGGCACAGGAGGAGCAGGAGGAGGAUACUCUGCUGCUGCCAAAGCUGCUAAAUAUGGAGUAGGAGGACUAGGAGGAGUGGGUGGACUAGGAGGAACAGGAGCACUGGGAGGUGGAGGACUUGGAGGUGGAGGACUGGGAUACUCUGCUGCUGCUAAAGCUGCUAAAUAUGGUCCAGGUGGGGCAGGGGGAGUUCCUGGUGGUGGUGCAGGUGCAGGAGUUAUUCCCGGAGGAGUACCAUUUUUACCAGGAUAUGGAUCUUUGGCUGCUGGUGCUAAACCUCCUAAAUAUGGAGUCCCAGGAGCAGGCCUAGGAGGGGGCGGAGUUCCAGGUGGAGCAGGACAGGUUCUUCCUGGGUUUGGCGGCUAUGGUGGUUAUGGAGCUGGUGCUGGAGUCAAACCCCCAAAGUAUGGAGUUGCAGGAGGUGCUGGACAGGGGUUAGGAACAGGAGGAGCAGGAGGAGUUGCAGGACUUGCUGCUGCAAAAGCUGCUAAAUACGGAGGAGCUGGAGCAGGGUUUGGACCAGGACAACUGGGAGGAGCAGGAGGAGGUUUUGUACCAGGGGUAGGAGGUGGACAAUACUCUGCUGCAGCAAAAGCAGCUAAAUAUGGAGUUGCAGGAGGAGCAGGAGGAGCUGGAGCAGGGUUAGGAACAGGAGGACUGGGAGGGACAGGAGGAGCAGGAGUUUUUCCUGGUGCAGGACUAGGAGGUGGACAGUACUCUGCUGCUGCAAAAGCUGCAAAAUACGGUGUUGCAGGAGGAGCUGGAACAGGGUUAGGAGCAGGGCUGGAAGGGACAGCAGGGACUGGAGGAGGUGUACCCACAGGGGUUGGGGCUGAAGGAUAUCCGGGAGGUGUGAAACCACCAAAACUUGGAGGAGUCACUGGAGUAGGACUUGAUGUGCCAGGAGCUACUCCAGCAAAGGAUGUAGGACCAGCAGGAACUCCCAAACCAGGUGUUGCUGGUGGCAUUAUUCAGCCCAGUGCUGGCACAAGUGUUGGUGGAGCAGGUGUUCCAGCACCAUCUGGUGUUGGUCCAACAGGGCAGGGUCAGCCUGUUGCAACAGGAGUCCAACAACCUGGAGGUUUUGGUGUUGGCACAGGUGGCAAACCACCUAAACCAUUCCUACCAGGUGCAGGCCUAGGUGUUGGUCAAACUGGAGUUGGAUAUCCGUAUGGUGGAACCUAUGGAGUUCCAUAUGGAGUUGGAGCCGGCACUCUGCCUGUGUCGAAACCUUUGAAACCUCCAGCUGUAGGUGGAGCAGGAGGAGGAGCAGGAAUCCCACUGUCGGCCGGAGGUUAUCAAGGGGGAUACAGGCCAUAUCACCAUGGUUAUGGCCAUGGUGGGUUGCUGUAUCCUUCUGGAGUCGGACUGGGAGGUGCUGGUAUUGGUGUUGGUGCCGGUGUUGGUGCUGGAGCUAAACCCCCCAAACCAGGAUAUGGCAAUCUUGGAGGCGGUGGUGUUUAUCAGCCAGGUGCAGGUGCUGUGGCUCCUGGUUAUGUAGGAGGAUACCCCCAACAGUAUUACCCAGGUGGAUAUGUACCAGCUCCACUGACUCCUCAACAAGCCAAAGCAGCCAAGUACGGUCCAUUGCAGGGCUUCUUUGGUGGUGCUGGAGGAGGAGGAGUCUCUAGAGGUGGAGUUGCAGGAUGCCAGGGCAAGUUCUGUGGGAGGAGGAAGUAGAGGAUCUCUUGAGACCCAUUGUGACCUCAAGAAACCAUGGUGCUACUGCAUGAUCUAGAAUGUACAUUUUAUAUGCAAACAAACCCCAUUAGAAAACGUGUAAAGAUGUUUUUUUUUUAAACUUGACUUCAACGUCUUUUUUGAUACAAACCCACCGACCCAGAAUUUUGUACACGCUCUGAUGUGACGUAUGUUAUUGAUAGUGCCUUUAAUCAUUAACAUGGUCAAGUUAAUCAGCAUCCCCGUACUGCACCAGCCUGCUUAUAAUACAAAGAGUGUGUUUGUGUCACUGUGUGUUGUUCUUGUGCAUGAAUGUGUGUUUUGUGCGAAAGACUGACUGAACCAGGGCUGGCAAUGUGACCUAUGAAUGAUUUCCCUAACGUUUUUUUAAUCCUAAAGCAAGGUGAACUGUCCUCAGUGUCACAGCCCACACUGCCUCACCUAGCUGUGCAGAGCUUGUCAUCUCUCUGACACGGGUUGGUCGAGGCUCAUCCAAAAACUGAUGAAAUCUGGCCAAUGUCAGCGUCGUCCCUGGCUCCCCGUCUUCUCUGCUGCUAUUUUUAGGCCUGCUGGGUAUAAAGCAGCGGGAAUUGGGGCUCCGGCCAACCCAUCUGCUCUCAACUUUGCUGAUUCUAGUUGCUAUGCAGUUCAGUUUUCUCAGCAUUUUUAAUGUUGCCAAACUUGUGAUGUAUGAAGAGCAGCUUCUGCUCUGAGGAACAGUGUGCUGAAGACAAUCGAGAAGUAUUUGAAUCAUUACAGGGUGUUUAAAAACCACGGGGGAAAAGCAGUGUUGCCUUUUACUUCAAAGUAGAUUACAAUGUUACUUGGAUUGUACUCUGGCAUGUACGUUAUGUAUGUGCGAAUUAUUUGUCUUAGAGUGAUUAAGUCCGCUUCAAAUGUUUAGUCUUACUGCAGCAGUUAUAUACAUUUAUGUAACUUGUCAUUACAUGAUUAUUCAAGAUUUUUAGCAUCAUGCUUUGACUCAUAGCUUUAUUGUUAUCAGGAACAUGUGAGCAUAAAACAAGAACUUUGCUUUUGCAUUUUAUUUACUGUUUGUAAUACAGAAUAAUUUGUUUCAUGGUAGAGACAAAGCGUUUAUGAUGCAUAAGCUCCCGUUGUUCUUCAUUUACUUGAGCUGCUUUUUUUAAAAAAAAAAAAGAAAAGGCUUACUGACCAAAGGUUCAUGAGCGCUGUUGCCAAGUGACUCCAUCUCUUUCUGUAUUUGUGUACUGUAUUUUGUACUAAUAUGAUGUUUGCUGGCUGCAGUUCCUUCACUUGAUGCUGUGUAAGAACUGACUUUGAGCCUCGCUGGGUCAGACCUUGUCUUUUGUGCCGUGGGAUACUCUUCAUCUUUAUUUAAAACUGUUUUUAUAAGGAGGAACAGUGUGGUUUUGCACUUUUUAUAUUUCCACGACACACUUGUGACUUGUUCCCGGAAUCCAGCAAUUAUUUGCUUCAUUCAAUAACAAAAUAAAAUGUGUUAAAAGAU